CUUUGUUGAGCUGCGUGCAGAGAGGAAUUUUUUUUCCCAUCUACCGGUAAUGUGUUGAUAGUCUGGAUCAGGGCGGGCUUACGCUGCGACGCACGGUGUGGUCGGUCGGUAGUAAACUCGAUUGUGUGCGCAUCAUCUUCUCGGCUCCAGCUCCAGCAUCUCUCUCCUCCAUCCAUCCACAAAAGACUGUGCCCAUCAUCUCCAGCCUUCACGAUGACCUUCAGAGCAUCCAGUUGAAUGGUGCGUGGCUGUUUUUGUCCGCUCUGGCUGCGCUUUUUGCUGCUGCCGUGGAGGAAAGCGGAUACCUGUGCUGCAUUGGCAUCACUGCAGAGUGUUUCUGGUGACAGCAGCACGUCCGGACAUUUGGGUGCAUUGUGCCUGUGACAAGCUGCCAUGGCGAAAACAGUUGCACCAUCCAAUGCAAUAACAGGUGAAAAGAUGGCACCACCGUCCAUCACUCUACUUCCCGAAAAGAGAUCUCCGACAAACGGUCACAGCUCUCCAGCCCGAACUGGAAGAACUACUCCAUCCAACACAGAGAAAAGGCCACAAAUAAAUGGACACCCAUCACCUUCACACUUAGCAUCUAAUAACAACCAUGCAGGUAAACAAAUUGUGGAGGGUUACAUGAAGACAGACGACAGGAUGCGAUUAGCCAAAGAGAGACGUGAAGAGAGGGAGAGAAGCCUGGCGGCCAGGGAGCAGCUGAUACGGGAGAAGGAGCGCAGAGCUCGGCUGCAGUACGAACGCACAGUGGAGGAACGCUGGAGGCGGCUGGAGGAGCAGAGGCAGAAAGAGGAGCUCCGCAGAGCUGCAGUGGAGGAGAAGAGGAGGCAGCAGCUCGAGGAGGAGCGGGAGCGACUGGAGGCCCUAAUGAAACGUUCUCUGGAGCGAAGCCUUCAGCUGGAGCAGCGGACCAAACGCUGGAGCAGAGGCUGCCCUGCAGGAGCGGGUGACAGUGAGAAUGCCCCACUCCCAUUCUCUGCUGCCUCCGCCUUUUCCCAUGGCAUUGCCUCCCCCCUUCCUGCUGUCAGCGAAUCUGCGCCCUGCAGCCCUCACAGGUCACCUUUCCGCAGCUCGCUUAACCCUGCAGAUCACAACAGAGCUGGACUUCAGGGAGGCUCACAGUCCACUCCCAAUACCCCCAAGAAAGAGCGACUGCGCAGAGAAAGAAGAACUGAAUCCCCAGGUUGUGGAUCCCCUUUGAGAAGAUCAGAAUCCCCUGCUAGUGUCACAAGACACUUGGCCUCCCCUACUACCUCCAAGCUGGCAUCUAAGAUGCGAGCCCAGUCUCCAAGCAAUGCACAUCAGUACCAUUACUCUCCUACAAGACAACGUGCAAAUCUGUCACCUGAUGAUAGGAGAGUGGAAGAGAAGAAGGUGGAGAAACACAGCGAACAAUCCAAAGCAGUGAAGAAGAAUACAGACAUCAGCAGCACGAAUCCAUCUACACAAGAUGAGAAGAAUGUCAUCAACGCUGAAAUUGCUAAAGCCAGAUCCUCUAAAGGUGACGUCUUAGAAAAGCAUCUCAAAGGUGACACAUCUGAAAAAAAUCAGUCCCCUGACAGAAAGGACCACAUGUCUCCCAAAGUGGAUUCCUUGGAAAAGAAGACACAGAGCAACACUCAGGAUGGAGACAAGAAAAAAGAAUCAGCACCGUGCAACACAGGGAAGGUGGCAGCUGGCACAACAAAUGCAGAGGAGGCUACCAGGUUGCUGGCAGAGCGAAGGCGUCAGGCUCGAGCUCAGAAAGAAUUGGAAGAGAAAAAACGGGAACAGGAGGAAGAACAACGACUACGGGAGGAGCAGCUGACCAAACAGCUCGCACAAGAGCAGCGACAGCAGGAGGCAACGACUCAACAAGUGAAAGAAAAGGAGAAAAAGGAGGAAGAGCUUCACAGACUCAAAGAGGAAGAAGGCAAACAAAAGAAGGAGGAGCAGCAGAAGGAGCUACAGAUGGACAAAGAGAAAGAAAAGGCCAAAGUCCAGGCUCAGGAGAAUGCCGAGCGUCAGCGGCAAGACAGAGAGCUGCAGACACAACAAGAGGAGGAGGAGAGGCAACUAAGAAAAAAGAGAAUUGAGGAGAUCAUGAAGAGAACGAGGAAGGGUGAAGCUGACUUGAAGGCAUUGAAUCAGAAGGAGGAGCAGGUGGAGACGGAGCCCGUCUCACUACCAGGUGAAGAACAAGUAAAGACUGUUCAAACUAAUGCUCAGGUCAACGAGCAAGCAAUCAAAAAGGUUGAGUUUCAGGUUAAAGAGCAGGUCACAGACAAGGUCAACACGAAGGAAUGUACCCUGGUGAAGAAAGAAGCAGCAGCAGCAGCAGUACAAAUGGACAAUCAUAAGAAUUUGGAAGUUAAAAACAAGACUCAUCAAGUGACACCAACAAAAAGUGUUCCUGACAAGAGACCGGACAUCAAACAAACCAGUGAAGAGCACGCUGGCCAACUUAACAGGGGGGGCAAAGCCUGUGUUGUCAAGCAACAGGGAAAAGAGGUGGAAACCAAUGUAAACAAGCCGCACAGAGCACAUGUUAAAGCCGCAGACCAAAUAAAUAAAGAGGCGACAAAGUCAGCAGAUGCCAAAGUCAACCAAAUGGAGGGCGGUAUGAUGAAUGGAGCGGUGAAGGGUGAAGGAAGUGCCUUGAUGAGAAGCCAUCAGACUGCUGAAGUGAGCAAACAGCAAAGCCUGAGUGUGUCGACAGCUGCUAAAGGAGGCUCCCAGAUGGAGGUCAUUAGAUCCUCAGUGGAACCACUGCCAGUGGUACACCUGUCACCACCAGUCAUCAAGCUGCAGCCACUAGACGUGAAGGGUACAGCGUCUUCUGAUGAGGUGCAGUCUAUGGAGGUCAGCCCAGUUUCAAAGGAGGAGCUGAUUUCAAUCCCAGAGUUUUCACCAGUUAACGAAAUCCAGCCCAGCAAUGUGAGCAACACCCGUGCUCUUGAAGACCUGAUGGACCUGACAGGCGGCAUCAGCCACCCCAAACUGUCCUCUGAAGGCAACAUAGGCGACUGCAACAAGAACCUAAUUGAGGGUGUUGUUAGUCCCAUGUCAGACUCGAAGCUCAUUGUGACUCCUCCAUCCUCAAAUAAACUUAGCAUCCAGUAGUUCAUUAAUCUCUCUCUCCCUUUCUCCCUUUUUCGCUUGUCUUCUAUCCCUCUGUCACAAACACUCGCAUGUUGUCACAUGUGAAGUGCGUGCCCACGUGUCACUACGUUUAUGGGAAUAGAGCCAUAGAGAUUGACUUUUAAAAAAAUCUGUAAACUUGCAAUAUAAAAAACAUUUAUUCUAUAUUCUAAUCACAUAGCAACUGACCAUUGAAGUUUGUGUCACAGAUUUUGUUUGAUCUGAGGACGUGUGUGUGUGUGUGUGUGUGUGUGCAAGAUGAGCACAUGUGAAAGAGAGUCAGGGAGAGAAAGUGUGUCUGGAUGUAUGAAGUUAUUACGAAAAAAAAGACAAAUAUCAGGGUUUUGACUACUAUAGAAAUUUAGAAAACACACAAUUGCAAAUGUAUGGUGAGUUAGUUUUCCCUGCACAGAUUCCUCACUGGGUCCCAGUACAGGAGUAACAAGCCUGCUCAGAGCAUCGACGGCUGCAUUUAUACCUAUGCCUUUCCACGAGCCCUAUAAAGCCUUCAAACUUAAUUCAGUGUGUUGCUGAGAAAGGCAUGGUGAUAAUAUCAUUUUAAUAAUAGCCUACUUUUUAAUACUUAAAAAAGAGAGUGCUUCCCAGGUAAUGUUAUCCAUGCAUGUGUUGAUGUUUGAUUGGACUGGAAUUUAAUGGAUUUAUCUAGCAAACUAAACUCCAGCAGGACUCGUUCACUCUUCUUAACCCUGCAAGAUCUGAUCAUGGGAUUGUUCACAUUUUUAAUGUCAUGGCAAUGAGACGAUUCCCUUUAUCCUUUUUUUUAAAUAUUUAACUGGGACUUUCUAACUGCACGUGAGUGAGGAGGAUGAUUCCAAAGCUGUAAAAUUGAAUGUUAUCGCACACUGAGAAAAUCAAGGCUUCAACACAAAUGAUGACACAUACAUACAUACAGUAUACUACAUGUCUGUUGCAGACUAAAGUGAAUCACUAACUUUGAUUCUAUUGCAAAUAUACAGUAUUGCGUUCAUAAAAGCUUAUUUAACUGGCAAGGUGGCCAUUUUUACAGAGGCUGCGUUGAUAAAUGGCUUUUCAGUGAUGAUAACAUUGUAAGCUGAGCCGCCUCGUGCCAUUUAAACAGUUUUCUGCAGGUGUACCUUCCUAUUUAAAGGGUUUCCAAGGCAAAAUGGAUGCAUUAGUCUAUUAGACACAUCGUAACGUACAGUAGAUUCCAGUCAAUAGAUAUCUGGCUGUUGAUGUGUUAGACUGAAGUUCACUGGGGCAAGAGUUUACUCAACAAUCGACAUGUAGCUAUAAAGAUGCUGUUACAGUUUCUUCUCCUUCAAUACUGUGUGGUUCUGUAGGAAAUC